AUGCCAACUCUACGAAGCUUGCGAUCGGACCCCCUUAGUGGAUUAGACUAUCUAACCAACGAUUUCAACAUUCCGUCGGACGAUCCAUUUGCCCAGGCUGGAGAAGACGACCAAGUGAAACUGGAUCUCAUCUCUUCCGCCAUCAGCUCCUCCUCAUCACACAAACAGAAGGCAUCAGCAGCCAAGCCCGACAAAGUCAAGUCAACGCCGACAAAACUCAAAAAGGAAAAGCCAACCAUGUCUCUGCUUGGCAGUCCUGUGCGCAUUCUCAAGGGCAGCAACAGUAGUGGCUCCAAGGAUCAUAAAGAGUUUUAUGAUGUUGAUCUUUCCAAUGAGGAGAUGCAUGGAGAGUAUCUUGUUACUCUCUGUACGGAUGAGCUCAUCACCAAGAAGGAUGGUAGCACUUGCCAUGCCAGCUCCAUUGUUGUAGCCCGUCCCAAUAGCAAGCCAGAAGACAACAAGCUCUUGAAGGCUACGGUGAACACGGAUUCAAUUGAGAUUGUAGGCCCUGCGAAGAGUAGCACCUACUUAGCCAGCUCUAAGGAGUGGUUGGGGUUGCUUGAGAAGAACAAGAAGAGGUUUUCGGCAUCCAAGCUUGGCACCACACUCACUGCAUUGGUUACCAAAAUGCAAAAGAAGAAGGUUGGAAAGAAAACCUUUAAGGUCACGGAAGCAAUGGUCAUCUGGCGUGCCUACAUUGAAAGCUCCGAGGACGAAGUCAGCAACCAAGUUGGCACUGGAAGUGAAGACUACGAUCUUUUGGUUAACCUCCUGGAGAGCAGUGCGUAA